UGUUUGGGGGAGGCCUGGGACGGUGGACCGGGCGGGUUUGAAUGGAUUGGGCUGAUUCAUCGCGGCCUUGUUGGACGGAAGACGGCGCCGAGCGCUUAUCUGUAGGGAAGAGGCGAGUUGCCUGAGGGAAGCGGGCCGGGAUUCGCCGCUGCGACAGAAAUAAAACUUCACUGGCGUCAAAGCUCAGGAAUCCUGCUGAGAUCAGGAACUCUCAAAAUUGUUGACCUGAACUGAAUACUGCAGAAAAUAUGGAUAGACUUCUUCGACUUGGUGGAGGCAUGCCUGGUCUGGGACAGGGGCCACCUACUGAUGCACCUGCCGUUGACACAGCCGAACAGGUUUACAUCUCUUCUCUUGCCCUUUUGAAGAUGUUGAAACAUGGUCGUGCUGGUGUUCCCAUGGAAGUUAUGGGGCUGAUGCUUGGAGAAUUUGUUGAUGACUACACUGUCAGAGUGAUUGAUGUGUUUGCUAUGCCACAGUCAGGAACGGGGGUCAGUGUCGAGGCUGUUGAUCCUGUGUUUCAAGCCAAAAUGUUGGAUAUGCUAAAGCAGACGGGAAGACCUGAGAUGGUGGUUGGCUGGUAUCACAGUCACCCUGGCUUUGGCUGCUGGUUGUCUGGUGUGGAUAUCAAUACUCAGCAAAGUUUUGAAGCCUUAUCAGAAAGAGCUGUAGCUGUUGUGGUGGAUCCCAUUCAGAGCGUAAAAGGAAAGGUUGUUAUCGAUGCCUUCAGAUUGAUCAAUGCUAAUAUGAUGGUCUUGGGACAUGAACCAAGACAAACAACUUCAAAUCUGGGUCACUUAAACAAGCCAUCUAUCCAGGCUUUAAUUCAUGGUCUGAAUAGACAUUACUAUUCCAUCACUAUCAACUACAGAAAGAAUGAACUAGAACAGAAGAUGUUACUCAAUUUGCAUAAGAAGAGUUGGAUGGAGGGGUUAACUCUCCAAGACUACAGUGAACACUGCAAACUUAAUGAAACAGUAGUGAAGGAAAUGCUGGAAUUAGCAAAGAACUAUAACAAGGCUGUAGAGGAAGAAGAUAAGAUGACACCUGAACAGCUGGCAAUAAAAAAUGUUGGCAAGCAGGACCCGAAACGUCAUUUAGAAGAACACGUGGAUGUGCUGAUGACUUCCAACAUUGUCCAGUGUUUAGCAGCUAUGUUGGAUACCGUUGUGUUUAAAUAACAACUCUUUUGCUCGCCAACACUGUUUUCUUUCUGUAAUCAUCCAUUGUUUCAAGCACUGAGACUAAGAUAAAUUUGGAUGUCAAAGACAUCUGGCAUUUGCAGUCUAAGAGCAGCACUAUAACACCUUUCCAUUUUUGUUGUGCAGUUACUUUGGGGUGUUUUUUUUAAAAAAAAAAAUUCUGAAAUCUUCACAAACUCCAACACAGUUCAAGACCACCAAGUUGGAAAAUGUGUGUUAUGUUUUCACUUAAUAUUUGAAGGGAAAUUAGCAGUACAUAUAUAUUGAUGGUUGCUACGUACAUAAUUUUUUUAAAAACCCUGUAACCCAUUUAGUGUUCUGGUGGUUUUGUUCAUAAAUUGGAAGAAAAGGUUGGCACAGCUGUACAAAAUUCAUGCUGAGAACAUAUAUCAGUAAGUUGGCUCUUUAUGAAUGAAAUCUGGAUUCUUGUGGCAUAGGUGUGAUUCUGAAAAAAAAAAUCCUUCAGUCUUAAGAAACAACUUGGUUUUAAGCUUUACAAUAAACACAGUUUCAUUGGUUUAGGAAGAACAGAGAACAUAAUCCAGGUUUGUUUACACAUCAUCACAGAUCUCUCCCAAGUAGGGGUGUGCAGGGCCAGGUCGCUUCUGGUUUACCCUAAGCUGGAAAACAAUUUGGGAAUACCAUAAUUCCAGAGCAGCAAGCCACUUCAGAAUUAUGGUAUUUUACUCGCUUUGGUAUGCUCCGUAAAUAUUCAGAGCAUACUGAAGUGACACCCCCACCUCCCACCGCCCUGGGGCAACCCAUCCACCCCCACCCACUUACCUUGUGCUGGAGGGGGAGGGAGAUCAGCAGCAACAUUGCUCAGUGGCAGCAGCGUUGCCCAGUGGCGGCAGCGGCAGCGGCAUUGCUCCUCAGCUGUGGCGUCGCCUGGCAGCAGCAGCAGCAUCAACAACAUCAUCACUCCUUGGCCGCAGCAGCCGCAUCACCCAGCAGCCGCAUCACCCGGCGGCGGCUGCAGCAGCAGCGUUGCUCCUUGGUGGCUGCGGCACUCGGUUGCGGCGUUACUCGGCGCCAGCCACAGUGGCCACAUUGCUUAGCCACGGCACUCGGUCGCAGCGGCAGCCUGGAGCCAGCUGGCUUCCCUGCCGCCGCCGCCGCUGCUGCUGCCACCACAGCAGGGAGGGCCAGAGCCACCACUGACCACAGGGCCAAGGUAAGUGGGGGUGGGGGGCUGUUUUUUAUGCAUGCUGGCCCCAAUCUGGAAAUUCCAAAUCUUUACGGAUCGGAUCCGAUUUGGGAAUUUUUCCCGAAUCGGAUAUCCAAACCGCACACCCCUACUCCCAAGUUUUAUGCAGCAACUGAAAAGGAAGUAUCACAAACCCUAGGAUGUGGCAGAGGAGUCAGUCUUAUGUAAAAUGCUUGCAAGAACCUGGAAAACAAAUCAUGAAACUGGUCAGUGUCCAGUGAUAGUACUCUGCACUCUAAUAUGAGGAUAUAUGGGUUCAUUAUUUUCCCCCUCAGUCUUUGAAAGAGUAUGUGUGAUGCUCAGUUUGAUUUCAGAAUACAAUCUCACCUGCAGGGCACAGGUGUAUAAAGAGACAUCUGGUAACAAACAUAGCAGUGCAUUUCUUCUAGGUUAGAGAUGUAAAUCUUCCGGACAUUUUGAAGUGCAUUGCAUUGCUAUCAGUAUACAGCUGUGUGCCUUGUUGGUUAUCAGAUAUAUUGUACCAUUACACCAGUGCAAUUUGUAGGCAUUCAGUACUGCUCGAAACAUCAUGUAAUCUGGCUAACAGCGAUACAUACUACUAGGCAGAAGGUUACAGUUCCUCAGCCAAGUAGCCAUAAUUUGGGCGAUCCCUAAACUCAGACCAAAUGUGGUUAAUCAUCAGGCGCACGUGCCUGUAUCUCUGUAUCUCUCGCUGGUUCCACCAAGUUCCUUUUUCAAGUUCUAAAGGACUGGAUCCAAAUGGAUUUCACAAACUACUUUGAAAAGCUCCUAACUUCCAUAAAUGGAUUGUUCAGUGUGCUAAUACACUUGCAAAGUCACAAAUCUUUUUCCUUAAAGUGACUUCUGUGUAAAUUCUCCUCAUAUUCUUGGGAGGUAUAUAAGAAAAUAGUCACGGUUUAAAACGUGCUGCUUUCACUCCCAUUUGCGGGGGGAAAUAAUAAAAAGAACUACCUUGUGCUAACACACCACUUGUCUUCUCUGGUAACAGGGUGUUUGUGGUUGCAAGGGAAAUAUUUCUUGCAAAAUGCAGGCAGUUCUUACGGUUUUCACUAAGCCUUGCCUUAGAAGAAUUUCCAAUCAAAAAAUAAGAAUGACUGGACAAGUUUCAUUCAAGCUGUUUCAGCAAAUCCAUACUGGAUGGGCUUUAAGUUCCUUCUGUUCAGUUCCUCUGUAAGAAGUUCUAACAGUUUCCUGUGUAUUAGAAAGAUCUACUCAUUAAUCUACCUCUAAGGACUCUGAUGGGCACAAUAAGACCAAACCUAGAGAUACAUUAAUUGGCAAGCAGAUGCUAACGAAAUUUGUUUAAUAGUGUUAACAGUUGGCUGUGUUAACAUGAACGUUCCUUAGGCCUGACCUCUAUUGUGUAUUUUUCCUUGGCAGAACGCGUUUCUCUUCACUACGCUCUUCUUGUUCUGCCAAAGAUCAUGUGUAUAUUGAAUAAUAUAGAUGUGAGUUUGGAUUUGAGGAAAAGCAUAAAAGUAAACAUGAAAAAAUAGAUGAUUUCUUCAAAUAGCUUGUAUGCCAAAUUCUCUUCUUGAAAUUUUUGGAGCUGCUGCUAAUGGGAUGUCUUUGCUGGCAGAAUGGCUCAGAUCCUGGGAAAGAAUGAUCAUAUGGACCCUGCUAAUACUCCAAGAAUGCAAUCCUCCGCAGAGUUACUGCCUCAUAUGUCUAUUGAAUAUUUUAGCAGUCUUAGAAGGGUAUAAAUCUAUGUGGGAUGGUACUAUAAGAGUGCAGUCCUAAGCAGUUACACCCUUCUAAACUAAUUGACUACAUUGGACUUAGAAGAGGGUAACUUGUUAGGAUGGCAUUGUUAAUGUAAUAGUACAUUCCAUAUCAUCAUCAUCAUGUCUGGAAUAGCCUCAGUAUCUUCUCUCUCCCCAAUAUGACUGAGCUAAAGGAACUGAGAGAAUACAUCUGGGGCUCUGCUAACCCAGGGUUUUAUGCAGGGGUGGGGGCCUACCAGCAGAUGUGGCCCUCUCAGGAAAGACCUUUUGGUCUAACUUCUUGGGAACUCUUGCUCUUGGUGUACGAGAAAGAAGCUAGUUUUAGGAUUGCUUUCAGCUGGGCCAUUGAACAUCUCUGCUGCUGCGUUAAUUCUAUCUAGAAACAGUUUCUAGUGUCUUCUAAAUUCCAGCCAUGAAACUGGGUAGGGAAAGAGGUAAGUUGAAUAUUAUCAAGUAAAUAUUAUCAGAGUUCUGCAUAUUUUUGAACUUCCGAGAGUCUUCUGACUAGUACUAUGGAACACCCUCUUUACCUUUCCUCUGAAACCUGCCCCCACACACUUGUUUUUAAAAGUAAUUCUAUAUUUUUAAUGACAGGAUAUUUUAAUAGUAUUCAUCAGAGAAUACUUCAGUUAAUUUUGUUACUACCAAGCCUCGGGCCAUUUGAAAAAAUUAAAAAGAAAAUGUGCUAAAUUCGCAAGCAUUUAUAGCAGUCUCAGCAGCAAGAUGUCUAUAUAAAAUUGCUUCUUCACUGUGGAGUCAAAGUAUAAUGCUAUUUAAUUAGAAAUAAUCCUCAUGAGAUUGUAGCCACAGAAAUGUAUCAAACUUUGUGGUACAAUUCAUACAAAGAAGCUAUCAGAUACACUGUUUGUGUUUCUUUUUGAUUUAACUAUUUUUGAAAUAUCUUUCCUGGUAAAUGCAGGGUUAAUAGAUCACCCCUUGCCUUCAGCACGGAUAAUAACAUGAAACAGCUCUGUGGGCUAGACUAAAGCCCUGUCUUCUUUAGUGGUCAGCCCAGAAAGAACACAAUUCCAAGCCAAUAAUACAUCUCUGUGUUCUUUGCUUCAGUAGGGAACUGUUUAUACUUAAAUCUCCCUCACUGCAAAAUAGGUCCUUCAUUUGGCAGGGUUGAGCACAAAGAUUUUUCUCUAAAAAGUAUUCUGAUCUAAGUGGAACAUCUUUAUGAAUGUUGGUAGAUUGUCUCUCUUAUUUGGUAAUGUAUUUUAAAAUAUGUUUCAUAGAAGUUUUGGUGUGAUAAAAAGGUGUUUUUAAAUCUCACUGAUGUCAGUGGGACAGCAUAGAUCCUUUGGAACAAGGGAAGCAAGUCCCAUUGAACACAGUGGGCUUGCUUUCAGGAAACAGCAUGUUUGUCAUUUAUACAAUUUCAGCUCAGUCCUAAGCAUUUGUUGAGAUCAACCGGGUGAAGAGUUCUGUAAGUACACACACAAUUGCAGUCACAUUUAUUUCAAUGACAUGUCUAAUGUUCACUACACUGCAUAGUUUAACACUGUAAUUGUGUGAGGGGGUGCCUUUUGUAUUGUUUCAUCCAUUUUAGUUUAAUUAAUCAAUUUUAGUUCUGCCUCAUUUAAAAGGCUUUCUGACUUGUACCAAGUGUAUAUUGAAUAUACUGUUGUUACAGGCAUGAUUUAGGCAGCCAAUCUUAUGGAAUAUUUUAUUUAGAGGACUUUUUUUAAAUCCAGAGGACAUUCCUACCCUAUAUUCCCUAUCCAGAAAGUGGGAGUUCUGAUACUUCACAGAAAACACUUGCUUUGGUAUAGUCCCACAGUACCAGAUGCAGAGACCAGAUUUUCAACCGGUUGUCCAAAUACCUCAUGUGAACCAUUGAUAACAGCCCUCUUAAUAAAGGAGGAUACACUUUAUUUCUUACUAGACAGAGACAAUAUGGGUUUCACUCAAUCUUAGCUAAUUUCCCUGUUUACUGCAAUCUGAGUCCCAUACGGCUUUUGUCCAUGCAGGUCCCAUGAUCCUCAGAGUUGCCUUUUUGGUAACUUGUGGCAAUCAUCCCCCAAAGUCCCACCUCCCUCCCAGAGCUCUGAACCAAUCCUUAUGAUUUUAGCCUUAUGCAAAUCCAAGUGCUUGUCAGCCAACCAGAGCCCAUGGAACCCCACCAGAUGGGACAGAGUGAGCAAGACUUAGUUUCAAAGAGGGAAAAGCUUUUUCCCUCAGAGGGAGACUUGGAGGCUCUGGGUAAAAGCAUCAGCUUAGCCAGGGUUUUUGUUUAGGAUUUUUUGUUUUGGGGUAGGUUUAGGGAAGAACGUUUAUUUUUAGGUGAUAAGUCUGAUGGUAAAAGCCAGAAGCACUGAAUCUACCUAGUCAGUUUUUGAGAACCAGAGGUAAAAAUAGACACCUCUGAGGGAAUCUGCAUUUUGGUAACCAGGUCUAACCUGAGGUAAAGGUUCUGAGGGAAGGAGGCAAGAAUCUCACCUGGUAUUUACCCAUUUAAACUGGAACAUACACUGAGGAGCGUGUGGUGCAGAGUAGUAAGCUGCAGUACUGCGGCCAAAGCUCUGCUCACGACCUGAGUUUGAUCCUGGCAGAAGACGGGUUCAAGUAGCUGGAUCAAGGUUGACUCAGCCUUCCAUCCUUCCAAGGUCGGGGAAAAGGAGUACCCAGUUUCCUGGGAUAAAGUGUAGAUGACUGGGGAAGGCAAUGGCAAACCACCCCAUAAAAAUUCUUCCAAGAAGUUGUGAUGUCCCCCCAUGGGUCAGUAAUGACUCGGUGCUUGCAUAGGGGAUCUUUACUACCUUAUGUAACACACUGUUGAAUACCAGUUUUUUCUGUUCAAUAAAAUGUGUUUUGCCUUCA